AUGCGUUUCACCGUGGCUUGGGCGCCCGGCCGCGGCGUAAAAGGCCGUGAAUGGAAAGACUACUGGGAAGCGGAUCUUGGCGUGUCCUAUCUACCAUGGAGCGCGCUUCAGGCCCGCUGGGCGCUUAACGCGCUGUCGUUAGAUGCUUUGGAAGAUGGCGGCGCUGUUGACGAAGACACGCUGCCUCAGUGGCUGCCACCAAGGAUCCUCCCCAAAGCGAUGAUGGAGAACAUGCCGAUGAUGCCGGCGGCGCCGGGCCUGCUGCCGGGCGCCAUGCAGCCGCUGCCGGCGCCGCUGGGCGCUAUACCGGCGCCCGCCAUGCCGCCGCACAGCCUGCCCGCCGCGCUGCCGCUCGGGGUGCCGAGGAUGCCGCCGCCCGGUAUGCCGGGGGGGCUGCCGCCGGGACUACCCCCAGGCCUGCCCGCCGGCAUCCGGCCACCGGGCCUGCCCACCGGAGUGCCAGGGCUGCAAAACGAAGCGGGUCUGCCGCCCGCGGGCGCGGCCAUGCUGCGCUUCCCGCCCGGCAUGCCGCCGCAGUCCAUGCCGCAGCCCGGUCAAGAUAAAUCUAGCCCAGUGCCGGAUUAG